GCCACGGGACCUGUCGCGAGACACAUAAACUUCGCGCUUCUCAGGCCCCUCCACCGCUGUCCCCUUCCAUCCCGAGCUCCGGAACCUGCUCGGUCCUCAUUUGCAGUUCUUGACUCCCCGUAUACCUGUGCAGAUGGCCCAGGUGCUUCGAUUCUAUGUCUGUUUUUCUGGUCAUGAGGGAGCAGCUUCUAGUCACACCAAGAGGAAACUCAAGGAGAAGCUCACUCAGCUACAGGUUGUGGAGACAGAGCUAUGCUACAAUGUGAACUGGACAGGUGAGACUCUCCCAAGCCUCCAGGAGACAAAGAAGCUGGAAUGGCUGUUUGGAUGUCCCUUGGAGUCAAAUGAUGUGGCAAGAGAGUCUUGGCUUUUGUCAGGUCCCAAUGACUUACUGCUUGAGGUGGGACCUAGGUUGAACUUUUCUAGCCCAGCAUCUACCAACAUUGUGUCUGUGUGCUGGGCAGCUGGGCUGAGAACUGUGGAUCGCGUGGAGACUACUCGACGUUACCGGCUCACUUUUACCUCUGCCCCUUCAGCUGAGGAGAAGGCUGUUGCAUUAGCUACUAUCCAUGAUCCGAUGACAGAACAGUACUUCUCCCAGCCUAUUCAGACCUUCUCUACAGGAAAUCCCCCUGCUCCCUGCAAUGAUCUCAUUGACAUCCUGACUGAGGGAAGAACUGCUUUGGAGAAAGCCAAUAAAGAGCUAGGCUUGGCCAUGGACUCCUGGGACCUGGAUUUUUACACCCGUCGCUUUCAGGAGCUGAAACGUAACCCCAGCAUGGUGGAGGCCUUUGACCUGGCUCAGUCAAAUAGUGAACAUAGCCGUCACUGGUUCUUCAAGGGUCGACUUUGGGUAGAUGGGCAAGAGCUGGAGCAUUCAUUAUUUGAUGCCAUAAUGAGUACCCAGGCAACUUCUAACCCCAACAAUGUCAUUAAAUUUUGUGACAACAGCAGUGCUAUCCAGGGUCAAGAAGUACAAUCCCUGUGCCCUGAGGACCCUUCCAAACCCAGCUGUUUUCAGGAGAAGACAGGGAUAAGACAUGUCAUCUUCACAGCAGAGACCCACAAUUUUCCCACUGGUGUUGCUCCUUUCAGUGGUGCCACCACAGGAACUGGUGGCCGGAUUCGUGAUGUACAAUGUACAGGCCAAGGAGCCCAUGUCGUGGCUGGCACUGCUGGCUAUUGCUUUGGCAAUCUUCACAUCCCAGGCUAUAGUUUACCCUGGGAAGAUCCAAAUUUCCAGUAUCCAAGGAACUUUGCCCACCCUCUUGAAGUUGCAAUUGAAGCAAGCAAUGGGGCCUCUGACUAUGGGAACAAGUUUGGGGAACCAGUGCUGGCAGGCUUUGCCCGGUCCCUGGGGCUCUGUCUCCCAAACGGGCAGAGGCGGGAAUGGAUCAAACCAAUCAUGUUUACUGGUGGUAUUGGAUCCAUAAAUGCUGAGCAUGUGAACAAGGAAUCUCCUAAACCAGGCAUGGAUGUUGUGAAAAUUGGGGGGCCUGUCUACAGGAUUGGGCUUGGAGGUGGAGCUGCUUCAUCCAUCCAGGUUCAAGGGGACAAUGCUAGUGACCUAGAUCUGGGAGCAGUGCAACGGGGUGACCCUGAGAUGGAACAGAAAAUGAACCGGGUAAUCCGAGCCUGUGUAGAAGCUCCUGGAAGGAAUCCUAUUUGUAGCCUCCAUGACCAAGGAGCUGGUGGCAAUGGAAAUGUUUUAAAGGAGUUGAGUGAUCCAGCUGGAGCCAGGAUCUAUACCAGUUGCUUUCAGUUGGGGGACCCAACAUUGAAUGCACUGGAAAUCUGGGGAGCUGAGUACCAGGAGUCAAAUGCCCUGUUGAUGAGAUCUUCUCAUCAGGAUUUCAUGAACCAAGUCUGCUCUCGAGAACGAUGUCCUGUCUGCUAUGUUGGAACCAUCACAGGGGAUGGACGGAUUGUGUUAGUAGAAGACCGGAAAUGUCUUGUGGGGAAACAGAAUCAUGGGGAUGCACUUCCCUCAACCCCUGUGGACUUGAAACUGGACUGGGUGCUGGGGAAGAUGCCCCAAAAGGAGUUCUUCCUUGAGAGAGUCCCCUGUGUUCUGCAGCCCUUGGUUUUGCCCCCUGGGUUACGUGUCCUUCAGGCUCUGGAUCGGGUCCUUCGGCUACCAGCUGUGGCCAGUAAGCGCUACCUUACUAAUAAGGUAGACCGGUCAGUGGGUGGCCUGGUGGCUCAACAGCAAUGCGUGGGACCACUACACACACCUCUGGCUGAUGUGGCAGUGGUGGCAUUGAGUCACAGGGAUCUGGUGGGGGCAGCCACAGCUAUAGGGGAACAGCCAAUCAAGAGCCUGCUGGACCCCAAGGUGGCUGCUCGCCUGGCUGUGGCAGAAGCCCUUACCAACCUGGUGUUUGCGCAGAUUACUGAUCUUCGGGAUGUGAAAUGCAGUGGAAACUGGAUGUGGCCAGCUAAGCUUCCUGGCGAUGGAGUAACUCUGGCAGAUGCCUGCAUGGCCAUGGCAGCUGUCAUGUGUGCCCUGGGGGUAGCUGUGGAUGGUGGCAAAGACUCCCUUAGCAUGGCUGCUCGUGUCGGAAAUGAAACUGUGAGGGCUCCUGGAUCUUUAGUCAUUUCAGCCUAUGCUGUUUGCCCUGACAUAACGGCUACCGUGACCCCAGAUCUCAAGAACACUGGAGGGCAAGGACGUCUUUUAUAUGUGCCACUGAGCCCUGGACAACACCGACUGGGGGGCACAGCCCUGGCUCAGUGCUUCUCCCAGCUUGGGACAGAGCCUCCCGACUUGGAUAUUCCAGAGAACCUUGUUUUGGCCUUCAAUGUUACUCAAGGGCUGCUGAAAGACCAUCUCUUGAGUUCUGGCCAUGAUGUCAGUGACGGAGGUCUCAUCACUUGCAUCCUGGAGAUGGCAUUUGCUGGGAAUUGUGGGAUAGAAGUGGACUUGCCCUUUCCUGGGACUGAUGUGUUGCCAGUGCUUUUUGCAGAGGAAUUGGGUUUGGUACUUGAGGUACAAGAGCUAGAUGAAGCCCAGGUCCAGAAGCGCUAUCAGGAUGCUGGCCUCACCUGCCUUUCCAUAGGCCACACAGCUGGAGAUGGCCCCCAUGCUGUGGUUCAGGUGGCAGUGAAUGGAACAGUUGUUGUGAAGGAGACAGUGGGGCAGUUACGUGCAUUAUGGGAGGAAACAAGUUUUCAGUUGGAGCGAUUGCAAGCUGAGCCAAGCUGUGUAAAUCAGGAGGAGGCUGCAUUGAGAGAACGGAAAGGACCCCGCUACAGCUUACCACUGUCUUUUUCUACUAAAACCUCUGUUCCCCAUGUACCUGGAGGCCCUGCCCCUCGAGUUGCCAUACUUCGGGAGGAAGGAAGCAAUGGAGACCGAGAGAUGGCAGAUGCCUUCCAUAUGGCUGGGUUUGAGGUUUGGGAUGUGACAAUGCAGGAUCUUUGCUCAGGGGCCAUUGGACUGGACACAUUCCAAGGUGUGGCCUUUGUUGGUGGUUUUAGCUAUGCAGAUGUCCUUGGGUCUGCAAAAGGCUGGGCAGCAGCUGUGAACUUCAAUGUCCAUGCAGGAACAGAAUUGCGACGCUUUCGUCAGCGAACAGAUACUUUUAGCCUGGGUGUUUGUAAUGGUUGCCAGCUAUUAGCUCUGCUUGGCUGGGUUGGGAGAGACCCUAAUGAGAAUGAGAAAGACCCUACCCCUAAUACUUCCGACACUCAGCCUGGCCUUCUCCUUCGGUCUAACAUUUCUGGUCGCUUUGAGUCAAGAUGGGCUACAGUGCGUGUAGGGCCUGGACCAGCUCUUAUGCUUCGGGGAAUGGAGGGUGGAGUGCUGCCAGUAUGGAGUGCCCAUGGAGAAGGUUAUAUGGCUUUCUCAUCCCCUGGACUCCAGGCUCAACUGGAAGCAAAAGGCUUGAUCCCACUCCAUUGGGUAGAUGAUGAUGGGAACCCUACUGAUCGCUACCCUUUAAAUCCUAACGGCUCUCCGGGUGGUGUGGCUGGUGUUUGCUCCCAGGACGGCCGACAUUUGGCACUCAUGCCCCACCCUGAAAGAGUUGUGCGGCCCUGGCAGUGGGCAUGGCAACCACCUCCAUUUGACAGUCUACCUACUUCACCUUGGCUGCAACUUUUCAUUAAUGCCCGACAGUGGUGCCAAGAAGGCUGCUAAGAACAGAAGGAAGAAUAAGAUACCUUUUGGCUUGCUCUUAUUUUCUUUAUUUUUUUCUUAUCAAUUACAUGUGAAAAUCUUCACAACAUUCCUUUUUUUUUUUAAACCCUUACCUUAUGUCUCAGAAUUAAUACUGUGUAUUGGUUCCAAGGCAGAAGAGCAGUAUGGGCUAGGCAAUGGGGGUUAAGUGAUUUGCCCAGCUAGGAAGUGUUUGCGACCACAUUUGAACCCAGGACCUCCCAUCUCUAGGCCUGACUCAAUCCACUGAGCCACCCAGCUGCCCCUAGAACAUUCCUUUUAAAAUUUUUUUGAGUUCCAAAUUCUCUCUCCCCUUCAGCUAUUUAAUAUAGAUCAUACAUAGGUGUUUUACAUAUAUAUUCAAAUGGAAUUUGAAAGUGUGAGGAAAUGUCAGGCAGCUCCUGCAACAGCUUCUCUGCCUCUGGUUAAGCUUCAGCCCCACUAGUAGUCUUUACUGGGCCAUCAAUUUCUCCAUUAUAAUAAAGUCUUUUUAAAGACUGCUCAGAACAGCUGGCUAUAUUGCCAUUUUCCAUUUUUGUAAUUACUCUCAACCCUUUGAUUCUCUAGGUAGGGGAGAGAAAAAAGAAAAAAGGGAAGAUCCACCCAAAAAGGAUGUAUACAUUGAGUCUAGAUCCAGAGUAUCUGAAUGGAUUGCAGAGAGCCUAGAAAGUUGCUGUUUUUUAGUCCUUAGCUUUACAGAUAAGGAAUCUGAGGCAAAUUGUCAUUAAGUGACUUGCUUAGGGUCACAACAGUGUGAGACCAGAUUUUUUUUUUCAGAUUAACUGUAGAGACAGUAAACAAAAUGUAUUUUAUUUUAAAAGAACACAUGGAAUGGAAGUGUUUUUGAAACAAAGAUAGUUAAUCACUGCUUUUAAACUUCUUUGUGAAGUUUGUGAAUGCACUUACCUGUUUUGACCACACUGUAUGUUCUCUUGAUUGUGAAUAAAACAUUUAUUUUGUUCUUUCCUUUCA